GAGAGAGAGAAUGGCUGAGAUUUAUUCAGAGCAAAUCAACUAAAGUGAGACGAAGCUGAGACGAGGCUGAGGCGAGUCAACAACCAGCAGCUGCAGGUUCAGACGAUGACGAUCCAGUCAAUGAUUAAAAAAGAGAUCUUCUCUCCACUCCAUGAGAAGUUAUUAACAGUGAUUGAAGUGAGGAAGAGGAGGAGGAGAAGGCUGACCUUCAUCCCAGCAGGGCGUAAAGGGGAAUACAUCACCUUCCUCUGUCUGUCAGUGACGAAUAAAAAGCCAGCUCAAGUUUUUAUCACCAAAGUGAAGCAGUUUGAAUUUUCUCCACAAUUUGAGAAACGCUCACACUGGAGUCUGGACCAACUACGCCGUGUCGACGGUAUCGAUCCUGAAAAGGACAGUCCAGAUUUUGAUCUGGUGUUUGAUCACGGGUCUGAUCAGUGGGUCGCUGCAUCAUCAGCUGAGAAAUGCAUGUUCAUUCAGAUCCUCUAUCAUCUCUGCCAACAUUACUGGAAGAGUCAGAGGGAGCUGAGUGUCACAGCGCCCCCUGGGGGUCAGAAACCCAUCUCCACCUCCACUAUCCCUGCAUCCACCUCCAUGUCCUCAUCCUCCACCAUUGUUACCUCCACAUCCACCGAACAAAUAACUUCCCUGGAGAAAAAGAAGAAGAAAAGUCGUGAUGCACCGCGCCCAACUGAAUUCAUUAACUGCCAGCCCAAAUUACUGGGAGAUGCCUGCUCGUUAAACAUCGUUAUCUACCGCUGUAAGAUCUUCCUGCACAGAUUGAGGAACUCCAUGACCUCUGCUCAGGAACCAAGUCCCAGUCAGAACGCUCCUCCUGUGAAGGUGGGCGUGGUCAGCUCCUCCCCUCCCGCGCAGAGCUUUAUAGGAGCGGUGGGGCGGAGGGCGAGUCAGGUGUUCAGCGAGCGAGGGGAGUUUAAACAACUCGCUGAAAAUGUACACAAGCUUGCCCAGAAACAUCGAGAUUAAUUGAAUCUGACUCCUCCAUCUCCACCAUGUGUGUUUACAGGAGUUUGUAAUAAUCUUUAAUAAUCUCAGUGUAUACUGUACAUGUGAUCGAGCCACUAGAGGGCGAUACUGAGUUCUAAAAAAAAAAAAAAAGGCUGAGGUUCACAUUGUAAGACAUAAUCACUGUGUGUUGUUAUAUAAUUCAUACAAUAACAUUGUAACAAUAACAGCACUGGACUGGUGUUACACAAAUACACACAUGAUUAUUAAUAUAGUAAUUCUGGUUGUAUUAAUAUAAUUAACAGUAUUUACACACCUGCAGUACUGUUAGUUAGGAGGACCCAAAGCUAUAUUUUAGGUUUAAUACGUUUAUAAGGUUUAUAUCUGGUCAUUUUAAUGUUUAAUGGAUUAAUGUUGUAACUGUGAAGUGGAAUUUAACUGGUUUGUAUUCAGGAUUUUCCUUGUGGAAUAAACCACACCUCAUAGCGUGAUACCACCACCACCAUGCUUCACACCGGGCCAGAAGCAGAAUUUUUAGUCACAUUAAUAAUAAGAAUAAUGAGUUUGUUUAUUUAUGUAUUUAUGUUUUUAUUUAUUUAUUUAUUUAUUUGUCUCUGUUGACAAAAAAAUCCUUCAACAGUACAAAGGAAGAUUAUACAGUAAAGUGUACAAUAAUAUCUGUGUCUUAAUUAUUAAAGACAAAUUAAUUUUUUAUGUUUUUAAUGUUUGUAAUUGGUCUAUAGUCAUGUAUUAACAAUGUUAAUGGCUUUAGUCUCUGCUGUGGGUUUUUACGGCUGAUUAAGCAGCACAGGUUUAUAAAUGAUGUAAGAACCAGUGUGUGUGUGUGUGUGUGUGUGUGUGUGUGUGUAUGGCUGAGUGUGUGUUGUACUACUGUAAUAACAGAAACGUCCUUGGUUAAUAAUUGUUGUUGUUUGUCUUUUGUCCUUUAUUGUUCUGUCAGUUCUUGUGCCUAAUGUAUGAACAUUAAACUGAGUUUGUCCCCA